AUGUGGAUGGUUGCAAAAAACAGUUCCCUGCUGUCACCUGAUCUGACACUGAUCCUUUUGCCUAUUUCCUUGAGAAAUUUAAGGGUGUUGGGGUCCAUCGGGCCGAGAACCUGGAUACAUAUUGGCAAGAAUUCCAUCGAGGGGAGGGCAUUCCCAUAUUUUUUCAUUUUCUCGUCCGCUGCCCUGGCCGCGGCCAAACCGCAUUCUUUACUUGUCAGGUUUACGUAUCGUUCGGCGAGGGUGCCAGGGACCGUAACAUCCCACGCCAAACAUCUGCCGGCUCUCCAAGGUAUUAGCGUGCAUCCGUCCGGUCGCCUACCAUCAUGCGCAGAAAUGCCGGAUGGUUCCUUGAGAACCGGGAUUGAAGCCUUGGAGAAGAGCCGACAAAUGUACAAAGUUACAAAAAUAAUUUGUAGCGAUUGUGGUAGCUACUGCAGUAGCAUAGACUACAGCAAUAUUCGCAGCAUCAGCCGCAGAAAUAACACUAGCAGUAAUAACAAACAUACAAAGAUCAUAAAUAUAAUGUAUUCUGAAUUUUUGAUGAACUGUGUAGUAAAAACGAGUAGUCAUAAUUUAAACACGGCACUCAAACAAGCUACAUAA